AUGUCCAACCAUGCGCAGUCCUCCUCUCCCUUCUCGCGACUCUCUCGUCUAGCUUUACCGUUUAAGUCGACUCCGUCUUCCCCCCUUGCCACUGAGCCCCCUUCGGAGGACUGGUACAUUCCUUACCACGGGCCGAUCGAACCUCCUAAGGAGGAUCGCACUACGGACGAAAGAAACACGGACAGCUGGGGACAUCUCGUUAGUGGAUGGCUGAUGGAGAAUGACGGGCGGACGGAGCGCUCGCCUCGAAUCCGCGCGAUGUCCAACGCGUCGCGGGCGGCAGCAGAGGAGUACAAACGUAAGAGCUCUCGUAUCCAGCCGUCUUUCGUAAAGCUGGAUCAAGCUGGUGGUGUCGGGGAGACCCCUCCGCCUGCGCGACCGCGUCGGUCCCAGGAGGCACCCCUGCAUCACCGCUCGAGUCUCGCAAGCAUCCUGUCCUUCGGAACCAGGAAGGCGCACAAGCUCCAGCACUCAUCUUCUGCGGGCGACCUGCGGAAGGAUCCUACCCCGCCGGUUCCCCAGGCUGCAACGCAGGACUCCAGUUCGCCUCCGACCUUCCCUCGCAGACAUCCGUACGCCCUCGCGACACCCGCCCCCUCCGUCCCUCCUCCUCCGCCGGUUUCUAGCCCCGUCGUCACGACAGCCCCUCGAAAGAACCCUACCACUUCGCGAUUCUCCGUCAGGCUUCUCGACCCUCUAGCAGAGAAGCCUACUGCCCCUGCGUAUCUCCUUCCCUCUCGUCGACCGUCUCGUAUCAGCCUCAAGGCCUCGAUGUCCACCCCCAACCUCCGGCAGGCUACAGGGACUGCAGCUGUACUCCCGAAGGGCAAGCAACGUUGGCUCUCAGCGGAAACCUGGUGCGAUGCUCUGAUUCUCCCACGGCCGCGCUUCGCUAUGCGUCUUCUAGAGGGCGAGGAGGGCGGUAGCGGUCGCAUCGUCAGUCCCCCCGGAAGCCCGCUAUGGCCACCCGGCAUGGAGCCCCCGCUGGAAGUUGCGGGCGCGAAGAUACUGAAGAAGUCGCGUUCGGCGAUACAGCUGUCUUCGCGUCCACAUCAACAGGCUUCACCGCCGCGCCCCGCGCCUGUCCAGGAGGAGCCUGUGCGGGAGAUGCCCGUAGCUGGGCCGUCAAGAGUAGUACAAGCGAAGGACGAUACGAACACGCACCUGCGGCCGCCACGUCCAAAGAGUUUCGCGCUUGACGAUCUAGCUUUGCCCAGUCCUGUGCCGUCGCUGUCCAAGGUGCUCGAGGAUGGAAGGCAGUUGGCGGAGGAGCGGAAGACCUGGCAGCGAGAGGCCGCCAAGUCGUUCGGGCACAAACGGGCACGCACCGUGUCUCGGGCGCGCGCGAAGUCUCUCAACACUCGCGCGCCGACGCAUGGAAGGGAACCGAGCGCGUUUGACGUGCUCGCGGAGGCAACCUUACUUGGCAGCCAGAGGCGCCGUCCGACGGUCCAUGUGCGCGUACGCCCUCCGCGCUCGGAUGGGCACGGCACGACAAGCGGGUUCGGGACGACCAUGACGGGCACUGGAACAGGCAUCGGAACUUGGACAUCGGUCUCUCAUGGACAGAUACGUUCGCGCGGCCAUGGGCAUUCGCAGUCCGUCGGCUCCAUCGCCCCCUCACGUUCGGACGAGUCGUUCAUGUGGACUCCCGGACACGGGCGGAAUCACUCCUUGGGCCGGUCAGCUCUCAGAAUGGUGCGUACUACCGCGACAACAGCUGCCGGUUUCUGUGGUAUCGCGGGUGGGCAUGAGAUUGACUACGAUCGCGAUAAGGGAAAGGCACCAAUGAACGAGAAGGCGGCUGCGAUGGAAGAGGCUCUGCGGCGCGAGGGCACGAAGGUGAUACAUUUGCGCGACCAGAUGCCCCGUCGGGAAGAGCGCGGCGCAGGCGGAGUCGUACUGAUCACCCCUCUGCCGACUGCGGGUCCACAUUUGGGUCAACUCCAGCCGGGAGGUGGUCCAAGCGGGACGGACAGAAUUUCACCAACGCCAUCGGGACUGUCGACGUCGGCAGAGGGCGUUGGCAUCGCGAUAUCUUCCCCAGUUCCGCCGGAGGAUCCAGCCGACACGGAGCCGAUCCGCAUAGUAAACCACCCGUACGCCCAAGGAGCAACAUACCCCUAUUAUCAGCGCACUGCAGGCAGGGCUCCUAUACUUCCAGCUAUCCAGGCGGUCCGAUCGGACAACCCCGAUGCACCCAGCCCUACCAGCACCACUGGCGAGGAUGGCGGCACCAAACAUCGGCAACCCGUCAUUCACCAUCCAUACUCGCCAUAUGCGCAGAUCCAGCACCCCUUCGCCGCCGUCACUGGCAAUUCCCCCUCUCCAAGCAGGGACCUAAGCCCUAGGCCGGGUCCUCGGGCGAGAGGCGGCAAGCAUCUGGAAGUGCGGGCGCCUGGGCCUAAGAGCAUGUUCGCCGAGCUCAGCCCUGGACAGAUUCGAGAGAUCCUCCCCGACGAGAUCCAGUACUCGCCCUUCAUUCCCACUCCUCCCGUUCAACUCCCUGAAGGGUCGAAUCCAUCGCGGCAUCCAUACGGUCCCUCGAAUAACCGGAUGAGCGAGUGGGGCUUCGCCGACGCGCUCAGCCACACGAUGCAGAGGCCAUUGAGCACGGACAGUGGUCUCGGGACAAGCGAGAGCCACUCAGCCCCACAUCCAGAGAUCAUCCAAGUCUCGCAUGUUCUAGAAGACCAGGACGAGAUCGUCAUCAGCCCCGACCAGGAGUACGAGGAGCAGGACCUCAACAUGCUCUCCCCGCGCUCGCAGUCGGCGUCCGGUGGGCCAGACGGCCGCCUGCGUCGUCCCGUUUUGUUGCGGGAUACCACGCUGGCGUCGUCCAACCACACUCUGGCGUCAUCUCCCAUGGAGCACAUCAACCCUCCUGUCUUCAGGAAAGAACCGUCUGUCGGAGAGCGGAGUUUCAACUCUUCUGGGUCGUCUCCGGGCGUAGUGUCGAACCAGUCCUCCCCGCCCCUGUCGCCUCGCCCCAUCACCAGCGAUGGCGAUGACCUGGACCGCUUCCGCGACCUGUUCUACCGGCCACCAGAGAGCAGGACGCCCUCAUCAGACGACUCGCGGCCGCCCGUCUCCCGGCGUCCCAGCGGCAGCGCUAGCAUUCCCGUCGAGCUGGGUUCGCGCAGCACUCGCACCCUCAGCGGGCUCACCUCUCUCGCGCGUCAGCUCAACGAGAAUAUGGAGGAGAUGGAGGCGUACGAAAACAUGAUGGAGGGGUACGAUCGUGAUCGUGCGUCGCCCAUGUGGGGUGCGCGUUAUGGCGGGUUGGGCGGGCAACGUCCGGACGACCUUGGCCCCGAGCCGUCGCAGGUGUUGUCGCAGUCACCUCCGGGGUUGAUGUACGAGCGGGAAGGGACAGGGACGCCGUUGCGGCUUCCCAUCGACGCGACUCUUGCGCUCUCACAGCCGUCAGAUAAUGUGCCGGAGGACGUACAGUCGUCAAGGGCCUCUUCGAUGUUGGAGCUGCCUCUUGAGGAGGAUCCUGAGCAUAUGCGAAUCGGCGAGAUCGAGGCCGUGAGCACCCCGCCCGCCUUCGCGUCGCCCCAGCGCUUCUCGACCCACCUAUCCGCUGUCGGCUUCCCCAGUGGCGAGAUCAGUCCGGUCAACGAGCGCGACGCGCGCCGUGGUGUAUCGCAGUCCAGCCUCAGCGUCCCCUUCACGCCCGACGCUACACGGGCGAGCUUCAUGACGAACACCUCCGGCAUGUCCGGCCUGUCUGACUUCCCGUCGCCGCCCAGCCAGAUCACCGCCAGCCAUAUGUCUAUCCUUAACGCCUACUAUGGCGAGGGCGCCCACGAUUACCGGGAGAGCCACUACGACCUUUCCCGGCCUGCGCUGGUGCGGGAAGCUAGCCAGGCUACGUUCGGACAGCAGCAGAUGGGCGAGGCGCUGUAGGGCGCCUUACUGCAGCUCGCUCGCACACACUAUCUUCGUUGUAUUAUUUGGCGCCACGGACGGUUCUGCGGUUUUAUGCUCGCUCGUUCUGCACGGUCGUUCUAACGGAUUCUCGUAUAAUAUCUAUGUUCGCCCCCCCUUAGGCCCCAAUCCCUCCCCCGUACGUUCACGUAGACAUGUCCUUGCACAUUCCUGCCCCGCGUCCCGGUUACAUGCAUGCUUUCGGAGUCGUCGUUCCCGGAUGUUUUUAUUACUUCAGAUUAUUGUCCAUAGUUUUUAUGCUGCGGCGGAUCUUCGUUCACAUAUGAAAGUGCGAUAUUGAUGUCGGUCGUGAGACGACUCACGGGAGGGAAUAGUAUGGUGCGG